ACACGGCAUCACUCGUCCUCUUCUCCCCCCUUCUUCGUCCUCAGUCAUCCCCUUUGCGGUUCUCCAAGUUCUCUCUCUCUCUCUCUCUCUCUCUCUCUCUCUCUCUCAUAAAUAUCCUUUCUCGUACGCCAUUCACCGAAGAGAUGGCCACGGUGCUUCUCUUCGGAAACCCAACCCUCCUCUCCGACGCCCCUUCUCUCGCCAGAGCCCUCCCUCCUGUCGACCGCUCCAAGCCCUGGGGCCCCGACGCCUCCGCCGCUCCGGCGGCGGCGGUGACGGCGGCGGUGGCGGGGCGCGCGCGGAGGGCAGCCGAGCCCUUGCUCCUCUCCGCCGCCGUCCACGCCCGGGGAUUCCGCGACCAGCCGGAGUCGCCGGGCGCCGGCGACGCGGCGGCGCGGAGGCGGCGCGGCGCAGGAUCCAAGGUCGGCGCGGUUGGCGGCGGCGGCGGAGGAGGAGGAGGGGAAGGGGAGGGGGACGACGACUGGGAGGAGGAGCUCCGGAGCCGGCUCAAGGAGUUGGAGGAGAUGAAGGAGCUGGAGAAGCGGGCCGAGGAGCUGCAGAGCCGCGUCGCGGAGGAGGGCGAUCGGGAGGAGACCGAGGAGGAGAAGCGGGAGAGGGUCCGCCGCGAGCUCGAAAAGGUAGCAAGGGAGCAGGCAGAGCGGCGGGCAACAGCGAAGCUGAUGUUUGAGUUGGGGCAGAAGGCAUAUGGAAAGGGAAUGUAUGCUCGGGCAAUCGAGUUUCUAGAGGCUGCUCUAACAAUCAUCCCAAGCCCCUCACUCUUGGGUGGUGAGAUACAAAUUUGGCUUGCAAUGGCUUAUGAAGCCAAUAAUCGUCACAGAGAUUGCAUUGCUUUGUACCAACAGCUGGAAAAGAGUCAUCCGAGUGUUAGCAUCAGACGGCAAGCCGCUGAGCUCCGAUACAUCCUGCAGGCACCCAAGCUGAAAAUUUCCAAGGAUGAGAUGGUCACAAUCCCAUUGAUUGGAUCUAGUUAUGACAGAUAUGCCGGAACAUGGAGCGACAAGAACAAGGAUCGCGAUAUGAGAAGAAAAACAACAAGUAAACAAGUAUCAUCAGCAGGGGACUUCUGGGGUGACUUCAUGUUUUGGCGUCCGCCAAGUGGAUGGGAAAAGAAUCGUUCUAUCUGGGUCAUUGUUUCUCUAUGGAUCUGCUUGCUUGGAACAGCUCUUCUCCUCCAAAGAUGAGGGUGCCCAGAAAACAUGAGAAUCAGAGGGAGCAUCGACAAUCGCUGGUAUCAAAUAUAGGGGCAUGUGAUGCAUCGUUUCCGAUUCUAACUGUAAGCAACGGUUGUCAUAUUUAUUCUUUGAGAUGCCUCUGCUACUUGCUUUAGCUUUCCGUCGGUCUUCAUGCUGUGUAUAUUUCCUUCUAGCGUGUAAAUCUUGAAAGUGGCAAGAAUCUUGUAAAUUGUACUUAAUCAAAGAAUCAUGUUACUUUUAAUAUCUGCAGGCCUUUUACA